CUGGGCGAGCACACGCUGGUCAGCACGCAGUGGCCCCAGAGCACCCAGAUCAUCCUGGGCUCCCACACCCUGCUCGGCUCCAUCGGUGACCUGCACCGCCAGCGCCGCAAGAUCCUGGCCAGAGUGUUCAGCCGCGCCGCCCUGGAGAGCUACCUGCCACGGAUCCGGAAGGUUGUGAGCUGGGAGCUGCGGGGCUGGUGCAUGGAGCCGGGCUCCAUCGCAGUUUAUUCCUCCGCUAAAACAUUAACUUUCCGCAUUGCAGCUCGGAUUCUGCUGGGGCUCCGCCUGGAGGAGAAGCAGUUCAAGGACCUGGCCAAAACUUUUGAACAGCUGGUGGAGAACCUCUUCUCCCUGCCCCUCAACAUACCCUUCAGCGGGCUGCGCAAGGGAAUCAAAGCACGGGACAUGCUACAUGAGUUUAUGGAGAAGGCUAUACAGGAGAAACUGCAGAGAAGCAGCCCAGAAGAUCACAGCGAUGCUCUGGAUUUCAUAAUAAACAGUGCCAAGGAGCACGGCAAAGAAUUCACCAUGCAGGAGCUAAAGGAGUCAGCGAUUGAGCUCAUAUUUGCUGCUUUUUUCACCACGGCUAGUGCCAGCACCUCUCUGAUCCUCCUGUUACUGAAGCAUCCUUCAGUGAUCGAAAAAAUAAGGCAGGAGCUGGUGUCCCAUGAGCUGUACCAGCAGUGUGAGUGCUGCCCUGCGGGACCCUGCCCGGACACCCUGCCUGCCCAGAGCAGGGACAGCGAGAAGUCACUUCUCCUCCCCAUAGCAAAAGAUGCUUGUGAGGACAAGAGCCGACCCCCAGGCCCAACGGAGGAAGGUUCCCUCCAGCCCUGUGCUCUCUCAAGGCACACCCUCCACCAGAGCAGUCCCUGUGCUGGCCCCCAGCUCCAGGCAGCGUCGGGGCAGAGCUGUCGCUACCCCUCAGACAUCAGCCUGGAGAAGCUGAGCCGCCUACACUACCUGGACUGUGUGAUUAAGGAGGUGCUGCGGGUGCUCCCCCCCGUCUCCGGAGGCUACAGGACGGCUCUGCAGACUUUCGAGCUGGAUGGCUACCAGAUCCCCAAAGGCUGGAGCGUGAUGUACAGCAUCCGUGACACGCACGAGACGGCUGCCGUCUACCAGAGCCCCCCCAGUGGCUUUGACCCAGACCGCUUUGGUGCAGCCCGGACGGAGGCCGUGGGCCGCUUCCACUACAUCCCCUUUGGAGGCGGGGCACGGAGCUGCAUUGGCAAGGAGCUGGCGCAGGCCAUCCUCAAGCUGCUGGCCAUCGAGCUGGUCAGCACGGCCAGCUGGGGGCUGGCCACCCCCGGCUACCCUGCUAUGCAGACCGUGCCCAUUGUGCACCCUGUUGACGACGGGCUGCAGCUCUACUUCCACCCCUUGCAGCCCGGACGCGGCAGUGAGCCCUGA